UUAUGACAGUCAGUAUACUAGUAGACAACAACAUAGUAGUCAUAAUUAUGGUAACAACAGGUAUUUAGUUGUUUCCAAUGAUUACAAUCCCGUACAUACUGGCCAUCAGCAGCACCGGUAGAUAAUCAUCAUCGGCAGCAGCAACAGUACUACCAAACCCCGUAUACUAGACCCAGAAAACUGGUAGACAAUUAUGAUAACAGUGCCGAUGAUAAUGAUGAUGAUCAUGUAGUAGUAGCUAAAGUUGGCUACAAACCUAUGCUACAGUUGCCAUCAGAUAUACAUACAUUUGUGAAAACAAUCGGUACUACAGUAGACACCCAACUAUCGGCUCGUAAUAGUAGACAACCGGCAAAAACAUUGUGGAUAACCAGUAACGCCGGUUCAACCGAUGAUACAGUAGUAGUCGAUACCCCACACAAUGACCUACAAAACCAGACAAUAUUAUCUAAAAUAACUGCCCGUUCGUCGAUAUUUGAUGUUAUUUUUGGCGGCUAUGACCCGGAAGUUAUUACCCGACAACCGCCGCCACCAUCAGCCGAUGAUAUCAUCAGUCAACCGAUUCAAAGUGUCGACGAUGUCUACGGUAGUGGCGGUAAAGGUGGCGGCGGUGUUAACGGUAACGGUGACGGUCUGGGCAGACAACUGUACGAUCCCAGCUGCGGCUAUACUCAUGUUCAACAUCCGCGUAUUGUUGGCGGCCGUGAAGCACCCGACGGCCAAUAUCCGUGGUUGGUUGCCGUACUCAGGGACGGUGAUGCCUGGUGCGGCGGUACUAUUGUCAAUCAGUGGUGGGUAAUACUGGCAUCGCAUUGUUUUUAUUAUAGAGGUCUAACACCCGAUCACUAUACCUGGGCUGUUAGGGUGGGUACUAACGACAGGAAUAGAGGAACAACAUAUAAAGUACAUAAAAUUGUAACACAUGCCCGCUACAAUAAGGACUCGAUGAUGAACUCGGAUAUAGCCAUGAUCAAAACUACCCGUCCGAUUAAAUUCAACAAACUGGUCAAACCGGUUUGCCUGCCAAACCAUACGUACGCUGAACCCCGAUCGCUGAAGAUGAUAGCGGCCGGCUGGGGUGCCGAAGAGUUUGACAAUCCCAAUCAGCCGAUACGGCUCCGGGAUGUUAGCCUGACGUUGACCACCGAUAAGGACUGUGCUCGGAUGUAUCAGCUAAAGAAACAGACAAUCUAUCGGUCACAAUUGUGUACCUGGUCAUAUGGUAAAGAUGCCUGUCAGGGUGAUUCAGGUGGACCGUUAGUUGAAUUAUAUGGUGGCCGAUAUUUUAUGGUAGGUGUUGUAUCGUUUGGAGCUACCUGUGCUGAUAAAUUUCCCGGUGUUUUCACUCAAGUAUCUUAUUAUCUUCAAUGGAUUAUCGAUACGAUUAAAAAAAAUUAAUAAUUAUUUUUGUUUCAUUUAUUUUUAUAUGUACUGUAAAUAAAUAAUAAUACAAUUUAU